UGUGUGUAAGAGAGAGCACCAUUCCGUAUGUCAUUUUCGGUACGGUUCACACGGUCGCAAAGUGCCUAAUGUCAGCUGUUGACUGGAAAAAAAGACUUUAUUUAUAUACGAAAGUGAAUAUUUGAAAAAAAAUUUCAAACAAUUUUAAUGGUUAAACGCUUAAAACUGCAUAAAUUUUGGCCGAAAUGACGGAAUUGUUAGACUUAAAUGAUGAUUGCCUUGAUUCGGUCAUCAAUUUUUGUGAUGUUGAAACGGUAGUUUCUGUGUCGAAAGUAUGUAAACGCUUAAAUUUGCUCGUCACAACGAAUCAUUUUCCACGUCAAACCAAAUUUAAAUGCACCAUCCGAUCGAAUGAGUGCGAGGAAAAAGCGCGUGAUAUUUUGGAUUGUAUCGCUAAAUAUUUGGUUGAACUGAAUAUUUGCCAAACAUCAGAAAUAUUUCUAUUCUACGGGUUUCUCGGUCGUUCAAUUGGUGAUCACAUUCGCAGACUAACGAUUGAGGCACCCUUUAUUUCUGACACUUCACUGCAAGCAAUUGAACCGGUGCUUCGUCGUAUCGAAGAACUCAAGCUGCACAUCUCAAGUACCGUUCCGGAUGAUGACGAUUUAAUGUUACAGUCUCGAUGUCCGAAUUUACGACGCUUACACAUCCAAUGGGAUACAUCAUUCACACAGAAUACAGGCACCUGGACGCGCUUAGAGGAACUUUCAUUGGGCGAUAACGAAUACAUUGACAACGAUACAAUGGUCGAAUUUAUGCAAAAUAAUCCACAAUUACGAAAAUUGAAAAUUGGUGCAUUCAAUUGCGAGUUGCAGCUUCACGACAUUGCGAUGCAUUUAACAAAUUUAGAGCAAUUGGUUUUAUUUCAAAAUUAUUCCGACUUAUCGGCGGACAGCAUUUUAGACCUGCAACCAUUGACUCAUUUGAAGCGCUUAAUUUUGCGAAAUGUUAAAGCAUCCGAUUUCGAGGGCAUUGUCAACAAUGUGACCAAGUUAAAUGGUUUAAUUGACCUACAAUUACAGGCACAAUUUGAUCAAUGCACGGAUGAUGAAUAUUUUGAGCCAAAACACGAGAACAUUGUUAGAAUUGCGCUGGAAAUGCCUCAGCUACAAGUGUUUGGGAUCUCAUUCAGCCAACUCAAAGAAGAAACAAUCGUUGAAUUUCUUCGGUUUGCCGACAAUUUACGGGAAAUCCACAUUCAUGACUGUGAUUUUAUGCUCACGCCUGAAAAUAUCGAUGUCAUCAUCAACGCACGAAACACAACCACAACCCGUAAUCGUACCAAGAAAUUGGUCACAUUUGUUGAUUGCAUCGAUGAAGGAAUAAUCGAAACUUUACGAAAGCCGGAUAUCAGUGCACACCUUAAAGCCAUUGCAUGCCGUAGCUGUGAAAUCAUCCCAGUUGGCUUUUUCGAAUAAACUAGAACAACCUUUUCGUUCUGUUCAUCUUCUUUGUCUCGAAAAAUGUUGUUCAAUUAAUCGUAGUAAUGAUGAUAAAAUAAAUCGAUUUUUAACAUUUAAACUCAAUCAAAA